CUGACCACAGUAUUACUUCAAUACCAACGUUCUUUAAACCUGCCAACGACAACAUAAAUUCUGAGUUCGACUCUUGUACAUAUGGUCGUUCCGGGAUAACAACCAUCUCGCGAUCAUGUCGAACUCUAUUAAGGUUGUCUGUCGGUUUAGGCCGCAGAAUCGCAUUGAAAAUGAACAAGGUGCUCAACCGGUUGUGAAAUUCGAGGCUGAUGACACUUGCGCCCUUGAUGUAGGUGUCUCGUCGAAAUACUCCAGAAUGUUAUACUCUACUAAUCACAGGGGAUAGUCAAAUGGAGCGGCUGGAUCCUUCACAUUCGAUCGUGUUUUUGGCAUGAGCUCACGGCAAAAAGAUAUUUUCGACUUCUCUAUCAAACCUACUGUAGACGAUAUCCUCAACGGUUACAAUGGAACGGUCUUUGCAUAUGGUCAAACAGGAGCGGGAAAGUCUUAUACGAUGAUGGGAACAAACCUCGAGAACGAUGAUGGUAGAGGUGUUAUUCCGAGAAUUGUGGAGCAAAUAUUCGCCAGCAUUUUGUCCAGUCCGGGUACGAUCGAGUAUACAGUAAGGGUCAGCUAUAUGGAAAUUUAUAUGGAACGUAUUAGAGAUCUGCUGCAGCCGCAAAAUGACAAUCUUCCUAUCCACGAAGAGAAAAAUAGAGGUGUUUACGUUAAGGGGUUAUUAGAGGUUUAUGUUUCAAGCGUCCAAGAAGUCUAUGAAGUUUUAAAGAGAGGAGGGGAUGCAAGAGUUGUGGCCUCGACCAACAUGAAUGCAGAAUCCUCUCGAUCGCAUUCCAUAUUUGUUAUCACGAUUACACAAAAGAACGUUGAAACCGGAUCGGCAAAGAGCGGUCAACUUUUCUUGGUCGAUUUGGCUGGUAGUGAAAAGGUCGGCAAGACUGGUGCUAGUGGACAGACUCUGGAGGAGGCAAAGAAGAUCAACAAGAGUUUGAGUGCUCUUGGGAUGGUUAUCAACAACCUGACGGACGGCAAAUCAUCGCAUAUUCCUUAUCGAGACUCGAAACUUACUAGAAUUUUACAAGAGAGUUUGGGAGGAAAUAGUAGAACGACACUCAUCAUCAACUGCUCGCCUAGUAGUUACAAUGCCGAAGAAACUCUGAGUACUUUGAGAUUUGGUAUGCGAGCAAAGGCAAUCAAGAAUAAGGCCAAGGUCAACGCAGAGCUCAGUCCAGCGGAACUUAAAGCCUUACUUAGGAAAGCCCAGUCACAAGUCACCACCUUUGAAACCUAUGUUUCUACCCUUGAAGGAGAAGUUCAGUUGUGGCGUAAGGGAGAAUCCGUACCGAAGGAACAAUGGGCACCCCCACUCGCAGGCGUCAGUGGGGCAAAAGCAGAGGCUGCUCGAGCACCUCGGCCAUCUACACCUUCUCGCUUGGCAAUGGAAAGCCGAGCAGAGACACCGCUGACAGAAAGGUCAGCUACUCCAGGUAUACCGAUAGACAAAGACGAGAGAGAAGAGUUCUUGAGACGCGAAAAUGAACUUCAAGACCAGAUAACCGAGAAGGAAACCCAAAUUGCUGCUGCAGAGAAGACCUUGCGAGAUACUAAGGAGGAACUCACUUACCUAAAAGAACGAGAUGCCAAGGUCAACAAGGAUAACGAAAAGCUUACUAGUGAAGCAAACGAGUUUAAAAUGCAACUUGAGCGAUUAGCAUUCGAGAGUAAAGAGGCACAGAUUACCAUGGAUAGUCUGAAAGAAGCUAACGCCGAGCUGACCGCGGAGCUCGAUGAACUCAAGCAGCAAUUACUUAAUGUCAAAAUGAGUGCCAAAGAAUCAAGUGCCGCCUUGGAUGAAAAGGAGAAGAGAAAGGCCGAGAAAAUGGCCCAGAUGAUGGCUGGAUUUGAUCUCGGUGGGGAUGUCUUCAGCGAGAAUGAAGCAACCAUCAAGAAAGUCAUUGAUCAUAUUGACUCUCUUCAUGAGCAAAGUUCUGCAGGGGAAGCCAUUCCUCCUGAUGAAUUUGAAGAAUUGAGGGUAAAGUUGGUCGAAACACAGGGUAUUGUCCGACAAGCGGAACUCUCCAUGUUUGGAUCAUCAUCGAAUGAUGCCAAUGUUAAGCGCAGGGAGGAGUUAGAACAACGACUUCAGGUCCUCGAGCAAGAAUAUGAAGACCUCCUCGAGCGUAACUUGAGCGACGGGGAUGUAGCUGAGAUCAAGGAACGUCUCGAAAAGGCAUAUGCCAACAAUCAAGACAUUAAAGUUGAAUUGGUGGAAAAUCUUAAAAAGGAGGUCGCCCAAAAGUCAGCCGAGAUUGAAAAAUUCAAGGCUGUAAAUGAAGACCUUCAACAAAGAGUCAAGUCAGGCGGUGCAACCAACGGCACAGCACCUAGCUCGGCGAGCGGCAAGACUGUUCAACAGCAGAUCGCCGAAUUCGAUGUGAUGAAGAAGAGCUUGAUGCGCGACUUGCAAAAUCGCUGUGAACGUGUUGUUGAAUUAGAAAUCUCUCUCGAUGAGACCCGCGAACAAUACAACAAUGUUCUCCGUUCAUCUAACAACAAGGCCCAACAAAAGAAAAUGGCUUUCCUGGAGAGAAAUCUAGAACAAUUAACUCAUGUUCAAAGACAAUUAGUCGAGCAGAACGGCAGCUUGAAGAAGGAAGUUGCUAUUGCUGAGAGGAAGUUGAUUGCAAGGAAUGAACGAAUUCAGAGUUUGGAGAGUCUGUUACAGGAUUCUCAGGAGAAGUUGACGACUGCUAGUCACAGGUUCGGUCCCCCUAUUCGCUUUUGGUUUUGGUUUUGGUUUUGCCUUCCCUUUAUCUUUCUUCUCCUUAUUCAUCAGUAACAUUACUGAUACCACUCUAGAUUCGAGGCACAACUCUCAGCCGUAAAAGAACGACUCGAAGCCGCCAAAGCAGGUAGUACCCGUGGACUAGGCUCACCCACCGGAGGAUUUAGCUUUGGUGGUGCGGGCAGCAGGAUUGCCAAACCACUAAGAGGAGGUGGUGGUGAUGGGCAGAUUCCGACCAUCGGUAACUUGCAAAACUCCGAGACUGGAAGCACUGUGAGCACGAAGAGAAGCUCAUGGUUUUUCUCGGGGCAGAAAUAGAUGAAUAGAAGUCAGUGAGGGAGAGGAAAGAGAAAAUGUAUAGCAGGAGCCCGGGGAGGUUAUUGUGUCAUUGGAUUUAGGCUGAGGAUAUUACCCAUUGUUGCGGGACAGUGGAUGAGUUAAGGGGGGUGGGGGAGUUGCGAGAGGGUGCGGAUGAAUAGGGCGACGGAUAUAGAUACGGAGGGGCAGUGGAUGAAUAAAGGAAAGAAGACGAGCCACGAAGAUUAUAAAGAAUAGAUGAGACUCAUGUAUACCCACGCUUUCUUGUUUUAUCACGUUACUUUCUUGAUGGGAGCGCGAAGGCAUCGGGUUUGAGUUAGUUUUGGCACUGGAUCGGUAGAAGGGGAGGGGAGGAAUAUGGAGAAAUGAGAAAGUAAAUCGACAGGGAUCAAUGAAGCUAGAAAAUGAAUAUCUACAACUUUCUUCGACAUAUCAACAUAUCAACAUAUCAGCACAUCAAUAGCCUAGAGGUUUCCUUGUCAGCGAAUAUAGAAAGUGGAAUUAGUUGAGGAAUAGAAUUUUGUGGCGGUGCGGUCAGAUAAUGGAUGUCUUUUUCAGAACUGCCUAGAUUGAAUAAUUGUGCUUUGACCACUGGACCGAUUGGUUAGAUGAAGUUUGUUCCUUGUUGGGUUUUAACAAUGCUCCUUUUCGCUUUGAUGAUUUGAUGUUCAACGGGUAUAACGGCUGGGUGGGAGGGGAGGAUGAUUGUG